AUGACCCCGCCCCAUUCUCCCGCUUUCCAUCACCCCGCCCCAUUCUCCCUCUUUCCAUCACCCCGCCCCAUUCUCCCUCUUUCCAUCACCCCGCCCCAUUCUCCCUCUUUCCAUCACCCCGCCCCGUUCUCCCUCUUUCCAUCUCCUCGCCUCCCUCUUUCCAUCACCCUGACCCAUUCUCCCUCUUUCCAUCACCCCGCCCCAUUCUCCCGCUUUCCAUCACCUUGCCCCAUUCUCCCUCUUUCCAUCACCCCGCCCCAUUCUCCCUCUUUCCACCACCCCGCCCCAUUCUCCCUCUUUCCAUCACCCCUCCCCAUUCUCCCGCUUUCAAUCACCCCGCCCCAUUCUCCCUCUUUCCAUCACCCCGCCCCAUUCUCCCUCUUUCCAUCACCCUGCCCCAUUCUCCCGCUUUCCAUCACCCCGCCCCAUUCUCCCGCUUUCCAUCACCCCGCCCCAUUCUCCCUCUUUCCAUCACCCCGCCCCAUUCUCCCGCUUUCCAUCACCCCGCCCCAUUCUCCCUCUUUCCAUCACCCCGCCCCAUUCUCCCUCUUUCCAUCACCCCGCCCCAUUCUCCCUCUUUCCAUCACCCCUCCCCAUUCUCCCGCUUUCCAUCACCCCGCCCCAUUCUCCCUCUUUCCAUCACCCCGCCCCAUUCUCCCUCUUUCCAUCACCCGGCCCCAUUCUCCCUCUUUCCAUCACCCCACCCCAUUCUCCCUCUUUCCAUCACCCCCACCCCAUUCUCCCGCUUUCCAUCACCCCGCCCCAUUCUCCCUCUUUCCAUCACCCCCACCCCAUUCUCCCGCUUUCCAUCACCCCGCCCCAUUCUCCCGCUUUCCAUCACUCCGCCCCAUUCUCCCGCUUUCCAUCACCCCGCCCCAUUCUCCCUCUUUCCAUCACCCCGCCCCAUUCUCUCUCUUUCCAUCACCCCGCCUCAUUCUCCCUCUUUCCAUCAUACCGCCCCAUUCUCCCUCUUUCCAUCACCCCGCUCCAUUCUCCCUCUUUCCAUCACCCCGCCCCAUUCUCUCUAUUUCCAUCACCCCGCCCCAUUCUCCCGCUUUCCAUCACCCCGCCCCAUUCUCCCGCUUUCCAUCACCCCGCCCCAUUCUCCCGCUUUCCAUCACCCCGCCCCAUUCUCCCGCUUUCCAUCACCCCGCCCCAUUCUCCCGCUUUCCAUCACCCCGCCCCAUUCUCCCGCUUUCCAUCACCCCGCCCCAUUCUCCCGAUUUCCAUCACCCCGCCCCAUUCUCCCUCUUUCCAUCACCCCGCCCCAUUCUCCCUCUUUCUAUCACCCCGCCCCAUUCUCCCGCUUUCCAUCACCCCGCCCCAUUCUCCCGCUUUCCAUCACCCCGCCCCAUUCUCCCGCUUUCCAUCACCCCGCCCCAUUCUCCCGCUUUCCGUCACCCCGCCCCAUUCUCCCGCUUUCCCUCACCCCGCCCCAUUCUCCCUCUUUCCAUCACCCCCACCCCAUUCUCCCGCUUUCCAUCACCCCGCCCCAUUCUCCCGCUUUCCAUCACCCCGCCCCAUUCUCCCGCUUUCCAUCACUCCGCCCCAUUCUCCCUCUUUCCAUCACCCCGCCCCAUUCUCCCUCUUUCCAUCACCCCGCCUCAUUCUCCCUCUUUCCAUCACCGCGCCCCAUUCUCCCGCUUUCCAUCACCCCGCCCCAUUCUCCCUCUUUCCAUCACCCCCACCCCAUUCUCCCACUUUCCAUCACCCCGCCCCAUUCUCCCGCUUUCCAUCACUCCGCCCCAUUCUCCCGCUUUCCAUCACCCCGCCCCAUUCUCCCGCUUUCCAUCACCCCGCCCCAUUCUCCCUCUUUCCAUCACCCCGCCUCAUUCUCCCUCUUUCCAUCACCCCGCCCCAUUCUCCCUCUUUCCAUCACCCCGCCCCAUUCUCCCUCUUUCCAUCACCCCACCCCAUUCUCCCUCUUUCCAUCACCCCCACCCCGUUCUCCCGGUUUCCAUCACCCCGCCCCAUUCUCCCUCUUUCCAUCACCCCCACCCCAUUCUCCCGCUUUCCAUCACCCCGCCCCAUUCUCCCGCUUUCCAUCACUCCGCCCCAUUCUCCCGCUUUCCAUCACCCCGCCCCAUUCUCCCUCUUUCCAUCACCCCGCCCCAUUCUCCCUCUUUCCAUCACCCCGCCUCAUUCUCCCGCUUUCCAUCACCCCGCCCCAUUCUCCCUCUUUCCAUCACCCCGCCCCAUUCUCCCUCUUUCCAUCACCCCGCCCCGUUCUCCCUCUUUCCAUCACCCCCACCCCAUUCUCCCGCUUUCCAUCACCCCGCCCCGUUCUCCCUCUUUCCAUCACCCCCACCCCAUUCUCCCGCUUUCCAUCACCCCGCCCCAUUCUCCCGCUUUCCAUCACUCCGCCCCAUUCUCCCGCUUUCCAUCACCCCGCCCCAUUCUCCCUCUUUCCAUCACCCCGCCCCAUUCUCCCUCUUUCCAUCACCCCGCCUCAUUCUCCCUCUUUCCAUCACCCCGCCCCAUUCUCCCUCUUUCCAUCACCCCGCCCCAUUCUCCCUCUUUCCAUCAUCCCACCCCAUUCUCCCUCUUUCCAUCACCCCCACCCCAUUCUCCCGCUUUCCAUCACCCCGUCCCAUUCUCCCUCUUUCCAUCACCCCCACCCCAUUCUCCCGCUUUCCAUCACCCCGCCCCAUUCUCCCGCUUUCCAUCACUCCGCCCCAUUCUCCCGCUUUCCAUCACCCCGCCCCAUUCUCCCGCUUUCCAUCACCCCGCCCCAUUCUCCCGCUUUCCAUCACCCCGCCUCAUUCUCCCUCUUUCCAUCAUCCCGCCCCAUUCUCCCUCUUUCCAUCACCCCGCUCCAUUCUCCCUCUUUCCAUCACCCCGUCCCAUUCUCUCUAUUUCCAUCACCCCGCCCCAUUCUCCCGCUUUCCAUCACCCCGCCCCAUUCUCCCGCUUUCCAUCACCCCGCCCCAUUCUCCCGCUUUCCAUCACCCCGCCCCAUUCUCCCGCUUUCCAUCACCCCGCCCCAUUCUCCCGCUUUCCAUCACCCCGCCCCAUUCUCCCGCUUUCCAUCACCCCGCCCCAUUCUCCCUCUUUCCAUCACCCCGCCCCAUUCUCCCUCUUUCUAUCACCCCGCCCCAUUCUCCCUCUUUCUAUCACCCCGCCCCAUUCUCCCGCUUUCCAUCACCCCGCCCCAUUCUCCCGCUUUCCAUCACCCCGCCCCAUUCUCCCGCUUUCCGUCACCCCGCCCCAUUCUCCCGCUUUCCCUCACCCCGCCCCAUUCUCCCUCUUUCUAUCACCGCGCCCCAUUCUCCCGCUUUCCAUCAUCCCGACCCAUUCUCCCUCUUUCCAUCACCCCCACCCCAUUCUCCCGCUUUCCAUCACCCCGCCCCAUUCUCCCGCUUUCCAUCACUCCGCCCCAUUCUCCCGCUUUCCAUCACCCCGCCCCAUUCUCCCUCUUUCCAUCACCCCGCCCCAUUCUCCAUCUUUCCAUCACCCCGCCCCAUUCUCCCUCUUUCCAUCACCCCGCCCCAUUCUCCCUCUUUCCAUCACCCCGCCCCAUUCUCCCGCUUUCCAUCACCCCGCCCCAUUCUCCCGCUUUCCAUCACUCCGCCCCAUUCUCCCGCUUUCCAUCACCCCGCCCCAUUCUCCCUCUUUCCAUCACCCCGCCCCAUUCUCCCUCUUUCCAUCACCCCGCCUCAUUCUCCCUCUUUCCAUCACCCCGCCCCAUUCUCCCUCUUUCCAUCACCCCGCCCCAUUCUCCCUCUUUCCAUCACCCCGCCCCAUUCUCCCUCUUUCCAUCACCCCCACCCCAUUCUCCCGGUUUCCAUCACCCCGCCCCAUUCUCCCUCUUUCCAUCACCCCCACCCCAUUCUCCCGCUUUCCAUCACCCCGCCCCAUUCUCCCGCUUUCCAUCACUCCGCCCCAUUCUCCCGCUUUCCAUCACCCCGCCCCAUUCUCCCUCUUUCCAUCACCCCGCCCCAUUCUCCCUCUUUCCAUCACCCCGCCUCAUUCUCCCUCUUUCCAUCACCCCGCCCCAUUCUCCCUCUUUCCAUCACCCCGCCCCAUUCUCCCUCUUUCCAUAACCCCGCCCCAUUCUCCCUCUUUCCAUCACCCCUCUCCAUUCUCCCGCUUUCCAUCACCCCGCCCCAUUCUCCCUCUUUCCAUCACCCCGCCCCAUUCUCCCUCUUUCCAUCACCCCGCCCCAUUCUCCCGCUUUCCAUCACCCCGCCCCAUUCUCCCUCUUUCCAUCACCCCGGCCCAUUCUCCCGCCCCAUUCUCCCGCUUUCCAUCACCCCGCCCCAUUCUCCCUCUUUCCAUCACCCCGCCCCAUUCUCCCUCUUUCCAUCAUCCCGCCCCGUUCUCCCUCUUUCAAUCUCCUCGCCUCCCUCUUUCCAUCACCCCGACCCAUUCUCCCUCUUUCCAUCACCCCGCCCCAUUCUCCCGCUUUCCAUCACCUUGCCCCAUUCUCCCUCUUUCCAUCACCCCGCCCCAUUCUCCCUCUUUCCAUCACCCCGCCCCAUUCUCCCUCUUUCCAUCAUCCCGCCCCGUUCUCCCUCUUUCAAUCUCCUCGCCUCCCUCUUUCCAUCACCCCGACCCAUUCUCCCUCUUUCCAUCACCCCGCCCCAUUCUCCCGCUUUCCAUCACCUUGCCCCAUUCUCCCUCUUUCCAUCACCCCGCCCCAUUCUCCCUCUUUCCACCACCCCGCCCCAUUCUCCCUCUUUCCAUCACCCCUCUCCAUUCUCCCGCUUUCCAUCACCCCGCCCCAUUCUCCCUCUUUCCAUCACCCCGCCCCAUUCUCCCUCUUUCCAUCACCCCGCCCCAUUCUCCCGCUUUCCAUCACCCCGCCCCAUUCUCCCUCUUUCCAUCACCCCGGCCCAUUCUCCCUCUUUCUAUCACCCCGCCCCAUUCUCCCUCUUUCUAUCACCCCGCCCCAUUCUCCCUCUUUCCAUCACCCCGCCCCAUUCUCCCUCUUUCCAUCACCCCGCCCCAUUCUCCCGCUUUCCAUCACCCCGCCCCAUUCUCCCGCUUUCCGUCACCCCGCCCCAUUCUCCCUCUUUCUAUCACUGCGCCCCAUUCUCCCGCUUUCUAUCACCGCGCCCCAUUCUCCCGCUUUCCAUCACCCCACCCCAUUCUCCCUCUUUCCAUCACCCCCACCCCAUUCUCCCGCUUUCCAUCACUCCGCCCCAUUCUCCCGCUUUCCAUCACCCCGCCCCAUUCUCCCUCUCUCCAUCACCCCGCCCCAUUCUCCCGCUUUCCAUCACCCCGCCCCAUUGUCCCGCUUUCCAUCACCCCGGCCCAUUCUCCCUCUUUCCAUCACCCCGCCCCAUUCUCCCGCUUUCCAUCACCCCGCCCCAUUCUCCCUCUUUCCAUCACCCCGCCCCAUUCUCCCUCUUUCCAUCACCCCGCCUCAUUCUCCCUCUUUCCAUCACCCCGCCCCAUUCUCCCUCUUUCCAUCACCCCGCCCCAUUAUCCCUCUUUCCAUCACCCCGCCCCAUUCUCCCUCUUUCCAUCACCCCCACCCCAUUCUCCCGCUUUCCAUCACCCCGCCCCAUUCUCCCUCUUUCCAUCACCCCCACCCCAUUCUCCCGCUUUCCAUCACCCCGCCCCAUUCUCCCGCUUUCCAUCACUCCGCCCCAUUCUCCCGCUUUCCAUCACCCCGCCCCAUUCUCCCUCUUUCCAUCACCCCGCCCCAUUCUCCCUCUUUCCAUCACCCCGCCUCAUUCUCCCUCUUUCCAUCACCCCGCCCCAUUCUCCCGCUUUCCAUCACCCCGCCCCAUUCUCCCGCUUUCCAUCACCCCGCCCCAUUCUCCCGCUUUCCAUCACCCCGGCCCAUUCUCCCUCUUUCCAUCACCCCGCCCCAUUCUCCCGCUUUCCAUCACCCCGCCCCAUUCUCCCUCUUUCCAUCACCCCGCCCCAUUCUCCCUCUUUCCAUCACCCCGCCUCAUUCUCCCUCUUUCCAUCACCCCGCCCCAUUCUCCCUCUUUCCAUCACCCCGCCCCAUUCUCCCUCUUUCCAUCACCCCGCCCCAUUCUCCCUCUUUCCAUCACCCCCACCCCAUUCUCCCGCUUUCCAUCACCCCGCCCCAUUCUCCCUCUUUCCAUCACCCCCACCCCAUUCUCCCGCUUUCCAUCACCCCGCCCCAUUCUCCCGCUUUCCAUCACCCCGCCUCAUUCUCCCUCUUUCCAUCACCCCGCCCCAUUCUCUCUAUUUCCAUCACCCCGCCCCAUUCUCCCGCUUUCCAUCACCCCGCCCCAUUCUCCCGCUUUCCAUCACCCCGGCCCAUUCUCCCUCUUUCCAUCACCCCGCCCCAUUCUCCCGCUUUCCAUCACCCCGCCCCAUUCUCCCGCUUUCCAUCACCCCGCCCCAUUCUCCCGCUUUCCAUCACCCCGCCCCAUUCUCCCGCUUUCCAUCACCCCGCCCCAUUCUCCCGCUUUCCAUGACCCCGCCCCAUUCUCCCGCUUUCCAUCACCCCGCCCCAUUCUCCCUCUUUCCAUCACCCCGCCCCAUUCUCCCUCUUUCCAUCACCCCGCCCCAUUCUCCCUCUUUCCAUCAUCCCGCCCCGUUCUCCCUCUUUCAAUCUCCUCGCCUCCCUCUUUCCAUCACCCCGACCCAUUCUCCCUCUUUCCAUCACCCCGCCCCAUUCUCCCGCUUUCCAUCACCUUGCCCCAUUCUCCCUCUUUCCAUCACCCCGCCCCAUUCUCUCUCUUUCCACCACCCCGCCCCAUUCUCCCUCUUUCCAUCACCCCUCCCCAUUCUCCCGCUUUCCAUCACCCCGCCCCAUUCUCCCUCUUUCCAUCACCCCGCCCCAUUCUCCCUCUUUCCAUCACCCCGCCCCAUUCUCCCGCUUUCCAUCACCCCGCCCCAUUCUCCCGCUUUCCAUCACCCCGGCCCAUUCUCCCUCUUUCCAUCACCCCGCCCCAUUCUCCCGCUUUCCAUCACCCCGCCCCAUUCUCCCUCUUUCCAUCACCCCGCCCCAUUCUCCCUCUUUCCAUCACCCCGCCUCAUUCUCCCUCUUUCCAUCACCCCGCCCCAUUCUCCCUCUUUCCAUCACCCCGCCCCAUUCUCCCUCUUUCCAUCACCCCGCCCCAUUCUCCCUCUUUCCAUCAUCCCGCCCCGUUCUCCCUCUUUCAAUCUCCUCGCCUCCCUCUUUCCAUCACCCCGACCCAUUCUCCCUCUUUCCAUCACCCCGCCCCAUUCUCCCGCUUUCCAUCACCUUGCCCCAUUCUCCCUCUUUCCAUCACCCCGCCCCAUUCUCUCUCUUUCCACCACCCCGCCCCAUUCUCCCUCUUUCCAUCACCCCUCCCCAUUCUCCCGCUUUCCAUCACCCCGCCCCAUUCUCCCUCUUUCCAUCACCCCGCCCCAUUCUCCCUCUUUCCAUCACCCCGCCCCAUUCUCCCGCUUUCCAUCACCCCGCCCCAUUCUCCCUCUUUCCAUCACCCCGCCCCAUUCUCCCUCUUUCCAUCACCCCCACCCCAUUCUCCCGCUUUCCAUCACCCCCACCCCGCCCCAUUCUCCCUCUUUCCAUCACCCCGCCCCAUUCUCCCUCUUUCCAUCACCCCGCCCCAUUCUCCCUCUUUCCAUCACCCCGCCCCAUUCUCCCGCUUUCCAUCACCCCGCCUCCCAUUCUCCCGCUUUCCAUCACCCCGCUCCAUUCUCCCGCUUUCCAUCACCCCGCCCCAUUCUCCCGCUUUCCAUCACCCCGCCCCAUUCUCCCGCUUUCCAUCAUCCCGCCCCAUUCUCCCUCUUUCCAUCACCCCGCCCCUUUCUCCCACUUUCCAUCACCCCGCCCCAUUCUCCCUCUUUCCAUCACCCCGCUCCAUUCUCCCGCUUUCCAUCACCCCGCCCCAUUCUCCCGCUUUCCAUCACCCUGCCCCAUUCUCCCGCUUUCCAUCACCCCGCCCCAUUCUUCCUCUUUCCAUCACCCCGCCCCAUUCUCCCUCUUUCCAUCACCCCGCCCCAUUCUCCGUCUUUCCAUCACCCCGCCCCAUUCUCCCUCUUUCCAUCACCCCGCCCCAUCUCCCUCUUUCCAUCACCCGCCCCAUUCUCCCUCUUUCCAUCACCCCGCCCCAUUCUCCCUCUUUCCAUCACCCCGCCCCAUUCUCCCUCUUUCCAUCACCCCGCCCCAUUCUCCGUCUUUCCAUCACCCCGCCCCAUUCUCCCUCUUUCCAUCACCCCGCCCCAUUCUCCCUCUUUCCAUCACCCGCCCCAUUCUCCCUCUUUCCAUCACCCCGCCCCAUUCUCCCUCUUUCCAUCACCCCGCCCCAUUCUCCCUCUUUCCAUCAACCCGCCCCAUUCUCCCUCUUUCCAUCACCCCGCCCCAUUCUCCCUCUUUCCAUCUCCCCGCCCUGUUCUCCUGCUUUCCAUCUCCCCGCCCUGUUCUCCUGCUUUCCAUCACCCCGCCACGUUCUCCCGCUUUCCAUCACCCCGCCCCGUUCUCCCGCUUUCCAUCACCCCGCCCCGUUCUCCCGCCUUUCCAUCACCCCGCCCCGUUCUCCCUCUUUCCAUCACCCUGCCCCGUUCUCCCUCUUUCCAUCACCCCGUCCCAUUCUCCCGCUUUCCAUCACCCCGCCCCAUUCUCCCGCUUUCCAUCACUCCGCCCCACUCUCGUGCUUUCCAUCACCCUGCCCCAUUCUACCUCUUUCCAUCACCCCGCCCCAUUCUCCCUCUUUCCAUCACCCCGCCCCAUUCUCCCUCUUUCCAUCACCCCGCCUCAUUCUCCCGCUUUCCAUCACCCCGCCCCAUUCUCCCUCUUUCCAUAACCCCGCCCCAAACUCUCCCUCUUUCCAUCACCCCGCCCCAUUCUCCCUCUUUCCAUCACCUCGCCCCAUUCUCCCUCUCUCCAUCACCCCGCCCCAUUCUCCCUCUUUCCAUCACCGCGCCCCAUUCUCCCGCUCUCCAUCACCCCGCCCCAUUCUCACUCUCUCCAUCACCCCGCCCCAUUCUCCCUCUCUCCAUCACCCCGCCCCAUUCUCCCGCUCUCCAUCACCCCGCCCCAUUCUCCCGCUCUCCAUCACGCCGCCCCAUUCUCCCGCUCUCCAUCACCCCGCCCCAUUCUCCCGCUCUCCAUCACCCCGCCCCACUCUCCGGCUCUCCAUCACCCCGCCCCAUUCUCCCGCUCUCCAUCACCCCGCCCCAUUCUCCCGCUUUCCAUCACCCCGCCCCAUUCUCCCGCUCUCCAUCAUCCCGCCCCAUUCUCCCGCUCUCCAUCACCCCGCCCCAUUCUCCCUCCCUCCAUCACCCCGCUCCAUUCUCCCGCUCUCCAUCACCCCGCCCCAUUCUCCCGCUCUCCAACACCCCGCCCCAAUCUCCCGCUCUCCAUCACCCCGCCCCAUUCUCCCGCUCUCCAACACCCUGCCCCAUUCUCCCCUUUUCCAUCACCACGCCCCAUUCUCCCUCUCUCCAUCACCCCGCCCCAUUCUCCCGCUUUCCAUCACCCCGCCCCAUUCUCCCGCUUUCCAUCACCCCGCCCCAUUCUCCCGCCUUCCAUCACCCCCUUCCCCCAUUCUCCCGCUUUCCACCACCCCGCCCCAUUCUCCCGCUUUCCAUCACCCCGGCCCAUUCUCCCGCUUUCCAUCACCCCGCCCCAUUCUCCCGCUUUCCAUCACCCCGCCCAAUUCUCCCGCUUUCCAUCACCCCGCCCCAUUCUCCCUCUUUCCAUCACCCCGCCCCAUUCUCCCUCUUUCCAUCACCCCGCCCCAUUCUCCCGCUUUUCAUCACUCCGCCCCAUUCUUCCGCUUUCCAUCACCCCGCCCCAUUCUCCUCCUUUCCAUCACCCCGCCCCAUUCUCCCGCUUUCCAAGCGUUUUUCUUCCGCCGGGUCAUGUGGCUGCGCUUGUCUGGGCCUAUUGCCAAGCUAGCAAGAGCGUGGGAGGGUAGCGAGCAUCAUCAGUCUUCGGCGCUCUCGAAUGAAGAGCGGCCGCUGCACUUCCUGCACAUGUGUGGAUCCUUCUACGUUUUGGGGCUGGAAGCGCUCGUACGAGCGUUUUUCUUCCGCCGAGUCACGUAG